AUGUAUCCUUCUAUUUUUAAAACAGAUUGUCAACCAAACAUAUUAAAGGCUGGUGACUGUCCUAUUGGUUUCGCCAAAAGUGCAAACACUUGCUAUUUUGUUGGUCGAUUGAAGAAAACAAGAGCAGCUGCAAAGCAUGAAUGUGAAAGUCUGUGCAGUAGAUUAGCAAUCAUAAGUAACGAGAAAGAAAAUCAUGAUGUUUCCUCCUUUCUCGCGAAUGUACAACACACAUUUGGAUACAAGGAAGAGCCUUUCUAUUGGAUGGACGCAUAUCGUUUUCGGAACAGGUUCAAUAAACCAUGGAGAUGGAACAGCACUGGUCAAAUUAUCAAUUCCCACGCUUACAGUCACUGGAAUCCUAAUUCACAUCCUAACAUAGCGUCAGAUGGUGAACAUUGCGCUAACAUAGGACAACGCAAUGUUUAUGGUCAUCUUCAUGGUAAUGGUAAUUACUACUGGGAUCAUCGCAGCUGCGCAGAGCACUACCCAGCCUUAUGUGAAUAUCCAUUAGGCAGUCAACCGUGA